CGUUUCACUUCACCCUAUACUAUUUCCUGCAGAUUGCUUCCGUCUCCAACUCUCCGGCCAGGUUGACCGCGGCAGCAGAUUAGCACGCAACUUCCUAUCCUCCGGCGAUGGCGACGCAGGAUGACAAAGAUGCUGCUGCUCCCGCGGAGGAGGAGGGCCCCGCCGCGGCCGAGCCGUCGGCGCCUGCGGCGAGGGUGAAGGUGCUCUUCUUCGCCCGCGCGCGGGACCUGACGGGCGUGGCGGAGUCGUCGGUGGAGGUGCCGGCGGGAGGCACCGCGGGGGAAUGCCUCGCCCGGGUGCUGGCCAAGUUCCCCAAGCUGGAGGAGAUCCGCGGCUCCAUGGUGCUCGCGCUCAACGAGGAGUACGCGCCAGACUCCGCCAAGGUCGCCGACGGCGACGAGCUCGCCGUCAUACCGCCUAUCAGCGGCGGCUGAUGUUGCCACGAACGAGUUGGAGAGAGGAAAAAAAGAAACAAAGAAUAAAAGAAAAGAAAAGAAAGGUUCAUUUUGCUUCCAUUCUUGUUUCCCCCUAGACUCUGCAUGCUGGAUAAGCAAUCUCCUGUUCUUGGCGCACAUUUUGUUCUUAAGAACACGUUGAUAAAUGAUAGUUUGAUCUGAAAGAGUGCCGAAACGAAUGCCCGUACUCUGAUACAUGU